GCAUUCAAAUACAAGCCUACCACUCCUACCAGAAGCCAGAGUCUUUGUUUCUCUUACCUCUCUGAAGAAGGAAGAUCCACUCAUCAAUAAAUGCACGCGCUUCUGAACACAAUUUCUUCUGUUUUGAAACCAACCCAGAUCAGAUAGUCAUUAAGUUCUUAUCUUUGUCUUUUUUUCAAAUAAACCCAAACAGUCCUUGUGGUUACAGCCUGUUUCUAAGAACCUAAUUUUCAGUUUUUUAACUCAAAUUGUGCUUUUGUGAAUUGUGGUUUUCUUCAAUGUGUGUCUCAAAGUACAAAAAGCUUUGUCUUUGUGUGGUUUCAUCAUGGUUGUGGCGUGGAGGUGUGGUUGUCGUUGUGGCUUCAAGCGAGAGCAGUGGCAGUUCCAAAGACCUUGAUGAGACGCCAACAUGGGCCGUUGCUUGUGUCUGCACUGUGUUCAUCUUGAUAUCCAUAACUCUCGAGAAGAGUCUUCACAAAGUUGGAACGUGGCUACAAGAAAGGCACAAGAAGGCACUACUUGAAGCACUGGAAAAGGUCAAAGCUGAGUUGAUGAUUCUGGGUUUCAUUUCACUGCUUUUGACUUUUGGUCAGAGUUACAUUGUUAGAAUAUGUAUUCCAACCAAGUUGGCAGACAAACUGUUGCCGUGUCCAUAUAGAGCAACAGGUACCAAAAAUGCAUCAAGUGAAGAGGAACAUCGUAGGAAACUUCUUUCUUAUGAACGCAGAUACUUGUCUGAUGAAGCUACCUCUUACCAAUGCAAGGAGGGACAUGAGCCACUUAUAUCUGUCAAUGGAUUGCACCAGCUACACAUUCUCAUAUUCUUCUUAGCCGUCCUUCAUGUGAUUUACAGUGCUGUCACAAUGCUUCUUGGUAGACUAAAGAUUCGGGGAUGGAAGGCUUGGGAGGAGGAGACUUCAUCUCAUGGGUAUGAGUUUGCCAAUGAUCCUUCAAGAUUCCGGCUUACACAUGAAACAUCGUUUGUGAGAGCUCAUGCUUCUUUUUGGACAAGAUACUCAAUCUUCUUCUAUGUUGGCUGCUUCUUUAGACAAUUUUAUAGGUCUGUGGGCAAGGCUGACUACCUGGCUUUGCGCAAUGGAUUUAUCACUGUCCACUUGGCUCCUGGAAGUAAAUUUAACUUCCAAAAGUAUAUCAAAAGAUCGUUGGAGGAUGAUUUCAAGGUUGUUGUGGGAGUUAGUCCCGUCCUCUGGGCAUCAUUUGUUGUUUUCCUGCUCCUAAAUGUUAAUGGAUGGCAUGCUAUGUUUUGGGCAUCCUUAAUUCCUGUUGUUAUAAUUUUGGCUGUUGGAACAAAACUUCAAGCUACAUUGGCAAAGAUGGCUAUUGAACUUACAGAAAGACAUGCAGUUGUCCAAGGGAUUCCUCUUGUUCAAGGCUCAGACAGAUAUUUUUGGUUUGAUCGGCCUCAGUUAGUACUUCAUCUCAUCCAUUUUGCUUUGUUCCAGAAUGCAUUCCAAAUUACAUAUUUCUUGUGGAUAUGGUAUUCUUUUGGGCUGAAAAACUGUUUCCAUGCUGACUACAAGCUUGCAAUAGUGAAAGUAGCUUUAGGGGUUGGGGUGUUAUGCCUCUGCAGCUACAUCACCCUUCCAUUAUAUGCUCUUGUUACUCAGAUGGGCUCAAGAAUGAAAAAAUCUAUAUUCGAUGAACAAACGUCAAAGGCGUUAAAGAAAUGGCACAUGGCUGUGAAAAAGAAGCAGGGAGUGAAACUUGGGAAGUCGAGUGUGCGAACCAUGGAUGGAAGCACCACUGAUUCAACAAUACACUCUUCAGGCCCCACACUACACCGGUUCAAAACUACUGGUCACUCAACUCGCACCAUGUCAACCUAUGGAGACCAAGAUGAUUACCAAACUGAUAUUGAGUUGUCUCCUACAUCACCAACAUCAAACUUGUUAGUAAGAGUGGAUCCCGGUGGGCAAGAAGUUAAAGAAAAUGAACACAACAACAUUGCAGGAGGAGAAACCGACAACCAUGAAUCAACAACAAUAGGUGGCUUCGCAUUUGUCAAGCCGGAUCCCCUGGAAAGAAGCUUGAAAUAGCAUCACAAGUUACUCCAUUCAACCAUUUUUGUUCUUUUACAUAUAUCUUUGACCUUGUUUAGAUCUCUCUAGAUAUUGUUACACUCGAUAUGGUCCGUUUUGUACAUUCUUGUUCUUAAACCACUUCCCGGCAUUGGAAACGUUUUUGCUCUAAAUCAUGCUCAUAGUCUUGUUGGCUUUGAUUAACAUGCUUGAGUGCUUGAGCAAAAGAUCAUUAGGAGCAAGUAGAGGACAGAAUUGUGGGUUAUACUAUGUAAUAUAUAUACUAGGAUAUCCAUAAAUCCCAAUUAUACAAGCCUUCUGGUUAAGUACAUCAAAUAUAGUAAUAUACAAUCAGUUUCACCGUUUUUUAUAGGUUC